GUAGUGCCGUGCCGUACAUCAGCUUGCCGAGGCGUGUGCUAGUGCAUGCAGAGAUUAUAAGGAAGAAGAACUGCCGGCUACUCGCUUUUUUUUUUUCUUUUUUUUUCUAUACACUGUUUUCAUCAAAAUACUCUCAGUGGUGUAUCAAGGUGUCUAGAUAAGAGAGAGUACAUAUUGACGGUCUCGCUGGUGAUAAACAAUGAAUGCAGAUGACUAUGAAACCCUGCCAACCCAGUCAGUGGGUGUACACAUGAUGGCAGGUGCCUGUGCUGGAGUCAUGGAGCACUGUAUCAUGUACUCCGUUGACAGUGUCAAGACGAGAAUGCAAAUUCUGACACCAGGACCAGGUGGAGGUGGCGGUAUAAUUGCCGAGAUCGGCAACAUGAUGCGCCAGGAGGGCAUACUGAGGCCCUUUCGCGGUAUAAGCGCCAUGGUCGUCGGAGCCGGUCCAGCUCACGCCCUGUACUUUUCUUGCUACGAAUUUAUCAAGGAAAAAAUGAUGAGCAAGAAAACGAGCAACCACCUGACGUACGCUUAUGCUGGCGUUGUGUCUACGGUCCUGCACGACGGUGUCAUGAAUCCAGCUGAAGUGAUCAAACAGCGCAUGCAGAUACCUAAUACACCGUACAGAACCGUGUUUGGUUGUAUUAGACACGUCUAUGGUACGGAGGGCAUAGCGGCCUUUUAUCGGAGUUACCGAACGACACUGUUAAUGAACAUACCUUUCCAGAGCAUUCACUUUGUCACUUACGAAUUCGUGCAGUCGAUAACGAAUCCACAACACGUCUACAAUCCCACGGCACACAUGGUUUCAGGUGCGAUGGCGGGAGCAGUGGCGGCGACAAUCUCGAUGCCCCUCGAUGUUUGCAAAACGCUGCUUAAUACUCAGACGGCCGAAGUGCGCGCUUCAGGUAUAAAAGACGCGAUAAAAUUGGUGUACAGGUAUUACGGGUUACCUGGCUUCUACCGGGGUCUCAGUGCUCGGAUCGUUUAUCAAAUGCCUGCAACAGCCAUUUGUUGGUCAACGUAUGAAUUCUUCAAAUACGCGCUAAGGGCAGUAGACAGCGGUGACGAUGCACCUUGUCCGGUCUCUCCGCAACAACAAAUACAGAGGAAUCCAAGCAACACUACAGUCGCCAGUAACACCAAUACGAGUACAGCUAGCUUUCAGGGAGCAGGUCUCCUAUUGAACAAGCCAUCAACGCCCGUUUUACUGAGGAAUUAAAAAUAAAUAACGAAUGACGACGACGACAACGACGAUGACGUGUAUGUACAUACGAUAAUCACCUCUCUAGUGUUGUUGCUAUAUUCGAUUCGAUAUAUUUUCCAAGACAUUGUCUUACACAAGUGGACAUUACAUAGAGAUGAAAGGGAGGUUUAUGUACUUCAUGAAAACAGUAAGAGGGUUCCAAAAAAAAAAAAAAAACAAUUAUAAUAAAAACGUAUAAACUCCCAGAGUAAAGCUUUGAUUAAUUUUUAUUGCUCAAGGAGAUUUUUUCGUGGUAAGACUUUUCGAUAUUAAAUGCUAGCCAGCGUGAAGUUCGUUAUUUUCCUACACGUAAAAUAAAAAAAAUUCUCUUGGUUCCGAAAACCCGAACCACACGGAUUAUUUGUAUCUAAAAUGUAAAGUGAUAUUAUGAGAAUAAAAUUAUGAUCCUCGUAAAAUGAGAACUGUCAUGAUUAACGUUGAUUAACUUGAGUCAAUAAACGGGUAUCGGUAUGAAAUCGGUUAUUUUUUAUUUUGUUACACGGAUGGCAAACAGUUCAUUAUCAUUGAUAAAUCGUUCUAUGUAAAUUUAUUUGUAAAAAUCCGUAAAAUUCAGUUAAGAGUCGAGCUAAUAAACUGUAGCGUUGUUUUUUGAUAUUGAGCAGCAAUAUCAGAAGAAAAAAAGUGUGAUGAUAUUAUUAAAAAUUGUAUUCGGUACAUAAAUUGCUUUACUUUGAAGCGCAAAGACUUGUUAUAGAAUCAUCGUUUAGUAACGAUGUAUUUAAGCAGAAAAAAAACUACUAUUGUACAGUUACAAAGACGGUAACAAUAAUUAGAAAACUAGAUCACGACACUACUGCAAUAAAUGUUAUACGCGAAUGUUUGUAAGGAAAAAAGUUCACUGCAUUAGCGGCAAAGUCAAGGAUUUCUGGUUCGACUAGUACGUAAGAUUUUCAGAUACUAAUUUGAAAAAUCAAUUAUGAAAGUCUGUUUGUAUUA